UGCUUCAGUCAUCUGAAGGUUCAUAACUUUACCAAAUCUUUCAUAGCUUAUCUGCCAAUGAGCUGGAUGCCUGCACUUGUCAGUAGGUGCUCCUGUUAUAUAUAACCUUAAAGAAAAGAUAAAAAGAGAAGAAGAACAAUAAAGCACCCAAUGUUUUUACACCGGUAACUGUGAAGCUCGUGUACAGUCUCUUUAUAUGUGCGCACCGCUGGUGCCAGACGCGCGUUUCCAGCUCGCGCUGGUGAUGCGAUGCCCCGCAACCACAGUGGCGAUGAGGGCGGCACUGGUCUCUGGAUGAAGACCUCGCAGCACUAUGGCAUGAAAGAUGUUGAAACCGGUCGUGGGACGAUGAACAGCGCCAGGACAGUCGACAGCCUGCUGUCGGCGCCGGGCACAACAGGUGCAGGAGACUCGGAGAACCAGAGGAGAAAGCAGGGCGCCCGGCUGAGCUUGCUGGGGAAACCGCUCACCUACAGCGCGCAGAGCGGCCGGAGAAACGCGAGCUACAGGAAGCUCCAGAACUACCUCUACAAUGUCCUGGAGAGACCGCGAGCCUGGGCAUUCGUUUACCAUGCCUUUGUGUUCACUUUGGUGUUUGGCUGUCUAGUUCUCUCUGUGUUCUCCACCAUCCCUGCUCAUAUGGACCUCUCCAAUCACUGUCUCCUUAUACUGGAGUUUGUGAUGAUUGUUGUGUUCGGUCUGGAGUACAUCAUUCGCAUCUGGUCGGCUGGAUGCUGCUGUCGCUACAGGGGAUGGCAAGGACGACUGCGCUUUGCAAGAAAACCAUUCUGUGUCAUCGACAUUAUUGUGCUCAUUGCAUCCAUCGCAGUGGUUUCAGCUGGUAGCCAGGGCAAUAUUUUUGCCACGUCUGCACUUCGCAGCCUGCGUUUUUUGCAGAUCCUGCGCAUGGUGCGUAUGGACAGGCGAGGCGGUACCUGGAAACUGCUUGGAUCUGUUGUCUACGCUCACAGCAAGGAGCUUGUGACCGCCUGGUACAUUGGCUUCUUGGUGCUGAUCUUUUCUUCGUUCUUGGUCUACUUGGUGGAGAAAGAGUUUAACAAACAGUUCGCCACCUAUGCAGAUGCUCUUUGGUGGGGAACGAUCACGCUCACCACCAUUGGAUACGGCGAUAAGACUCCACAGACCUGGACCGGGCGGCUUCUGUCUGCAGGGUUUGCUUUGCUGGGCAUCUCGUUCUUCGCUUUGCCUGCUGGUAUUCUUGGCUCUGGCUUUGCUCUGAAGGUCCAAGAGCAGCACAGACAGAAGCACUUUGAAAAGAGGAGAAACCCAGCAGCCAGCCUCAUACAGUGUGUGUGGCGUAGCUAUGCGGCUGAUGAGAACUCGGUUUCCAUUGCUACCUGGAAGCCUCAUUUGAAGGCGUUGCAUACCUGCAGCCCUACAAAGAAAGACCAGGGGGAAUCCAUCAGCAGUCAAAAGUUAAGUUUUCGGGAGCGUGUGCGCAUGGCCAGUCCUCGCGGUCAGAGCAUGAAGAGCAGACAGAUGUCAGUGAAUGACCGACGCUCUCCUGCCACAGAGGUUGGGGUUGAGGGCAGCAGCCCUGCCAAGGUCCAGAAGAGCUGGAGCUUCAAUGACCGAACACGCUUCCGGCCAUCACUGAGACUCAAGAGCCAAUCGCGCACAACGACUGAAGCUGACACAAAUCUUGGACCGGAUGAUGCUUUUGAUGAGAAGGGUUGCCAUUGUGAUGUGACUGUGGAAGAUCUAUCUGCCCCACUAAAGGCAGUGAUCAGGGCUGUCAGGAUAAUGAAAUUCCAUGUGGCCAAGAAGAAGUUUAAGGAGACGCUUCGACCGUAUGAUGUGAAAGAUGUGAUUGAGCAAUACUCUGCUGGUCACCUGGAUAUGCUAUGUCGUAUCAAGAGUCUCCAGACUAGGUUGGACACCAUUGUGGGUCCACAGACCCUGAGCAGCAAAGCCAAGACCUUUUCUUCUCCUUCCCUGCACUUGUAUUACAGCCAGGCCAAGAGGAAACACUCUGCCCCAGGACUCGCCACAGCUGUGGGUCCACAUCAGACACUCAGCACCAAAGCCAGGAACCUUUCCUCUCCCUCUCUACACAUGUAUUACAGCCAAAGCAAGAAGAAGCACGCUGGGGUGGAUCAGAUACUGGGAAAGGGCCAGAUUUCAGUAGACAGGAAAGGCAGGGAGAAAAUCCUCCCAGAAGGAGAAUCCUUGGAGCAUGACAUGAGCAUGCUUGGCCGUGUCUGUAAAGUAGAGAGACAAGUACAGUCCAUUGAGUCAAAGCUGGACUCAUUACUGGAUAUAUACCGGCAAGUGUUGCAAAAAGGUUCCUCUUCGAUGCUUGGUCUGUCUGCUUUGCCCCUGUUCGAGCUGGAUCAAACCUCUGACUACCAAAGCUCCAUCCAUAGCAAGGAUUUGUCAUCCUCCUCCCAGCUUACCGGCAGCAGCGUGUCUCGUUCGGGCAGCAGUAACCUGCAUCGUGGUCUUCAUCUUGCUCUGGCCCCUAGUGAACUCAACUUGGGUACCGGUUACCCGCAUUCUGCCUCCUCCUUCGCACCUUCCCCUCUCCUAAACAACCAACCCUCCAGCCCUGACAGUUUCUACCCAGCGUCCCCUCCUCCCAUUCUCACCCCCAACAACCUUUCCAGAAGUCACCAGCGGUUAAGUGAGCUGACAAGGCCGGUCCCAACAGUACAUUCAACCUCCUCGACCCUUCAGCUCCCGCCUAUGGUACCAACGCCUCAAAGUCGGCCUACCAGCCUUAUCCCAGAGACGCUACAGGAGAGCCAGGCGGAGUGUCUGAGCAAUUGCCUGUUGAGUACCCAAACCGAGGAUGAGUCGGACAGGGAAGCCGAUAGUAUUCAAAGCACGGUACAGCUACGGGACAAGCCCGAACGUAACCCCAAGGAAGAUGGGUCGUGGAGAAGACACUUGAGCCUUGACAUUGAUCCUCUUAUGCUCAUGUCUUCCACAACAGCUGCCUCGCUACAGGUCGAGCGUGGGCUCGGUAAGUCUCUUUCCGCUCAGAACCUCAUGCUACCGACUGCUACCGACUGCCAUCCCAGCCUGUCCACUCGGAGCAGCGGCAGCAGCAACAACGAGUCCAGUGACCGCGAGCCGCUGGCCGACUGGGGCGAUACGGAGCUCUUCGUCAAUGACAAAGAGGUGGACACCACGGAGGGUGACCGUUACCACCUCCACCAACAGAACAACGAUACGUCCUUCUCUUCUGAGCUGCUACGGACAGGAGCCAGUGGGCCGUCUCCCAGCCAGGCUGGACCAAGAGAUGGUCUUGAGUCCCAUAAUUUGCCUCACGUAUGCCUCGAAUAACCCCUGGAGCACAGGAACCUCACUGUGGAGACUGGACACAACCUCAUGUCCCUCAUGUGCUUCUUUUCCAAAGGAAAUGGAGCGUCCUGUACGCUCUAUGUGUUUUCAAAUUUUCACAGGAAGACAACAUGCUGUUCAUACGUUUUUGUUCAUACGUACAUAUCAAUGCAUGGACAAUUUAUCAAAAAAGAUCAUUUAUAUUAACGAGAAACUGUUGUGGAAAAAAUAUUCCGGGUUCAAUAUACGUUAAGCUCAAUUGACAGGUUUGUGACAUAAUACUUAUUACCUCCGUAAACACCAUAAAGGACUGAAAAAUGUGUGAAUGUAACCAUAUGAAGGAAUCUUAUAAUCAAGGAAGCUUAUAAUUUAAAAAACUUACAUUUCUGCUUUUAAAUUGUCCAGAAAUUAGCCCCAUUCAUUUUCACUGUGAGUGCAUCACUCUAACCCGUAUACUGUAUAUGCAUUUUUUUUUGUUAAUCAGUAUUAUGCCAUGAAUGCUGUCGGUUGAGCAUAACUUGUAUUGAACCUAUAAUAUUCCUUUAAAAUAAUGAAGGGUUAUGGUACUGGAUGAGCCUUGCAUGGGAUCGGCAUGUAUAACACUCAGCAUUAGGAUUUGUUUCUCACGUCCUUCUGAAUGUUUGGCAGUCCACUCAUUUGCAUGUGUUAAGAGAUUGUGGGGGGAAUAGCAGAAAAAAACAGAUGGUCCAAAACCACGUUAAUCUGUGAUACUAUGCAAACCUCAGCCAAUCAAGCAGGGUUUGCAAGCAACUCCAGAAGAAACUCAGAAACAAACGCAUCUUCACGCUAUAGCCUGCACAGAGAUAUGCUUUCUUAAUUUGACUAUGUCCUUUAAAACCUGAGAAUCUUAGCAUCUGAAGAAAGCUGAAUGUUGUUACUAAAGAGAUGGUAUGAUGUGUUUAGGUGUAAUGUCUUAUGAGGAGGUAUUUGUGACAAUCAGGCUUUUUGAAAAGCACUGAUUUCUGAUUUUUCUAAUUCCGAGUCCUCAUGUGGAUAUUUGGCUGCUAAAAUGUUAAAAGAAUCAUUUUCAUCAUGACAAUAAAUUACACUUGCAAUGUCAUAACUAAUGAUUGUAAUUAAAUUUGACAUGUAUUUUGAUUGCUUUGUAACCUGCAUCCAUAUAAUCAGAAGUUAUCUUUAUCAAAUUUGUAUUGGAAUUGCGGCAAUAUCUAAUUUCUGUUGUAUUUUCUGAUUUUGUUCUUUUAAAUUCUGUAGCAAGCUGGCAUCUUAUACCUAAACCUCAGCUUUGUAACCUCUGUUCUACAUUUUUUAUUCCAUGCUUCUGAAUGGUACAAUAAGUGCUUUAGCUAAAAUGCUUGUCUGUACAACUUGGAAUGUAAAGUGUAUCAUUAUGUGUAUGUAGACUAACCAUGAUUAACUGUUACAUUUUUUGUUUGUUUGUUUUGUUUUUAUUUUUUGUUAAAAACAUCUGAGGUGUACAUUGAGGAUGUUUUUGCCACUGUACAAUUGGAAGCAAAACUGUCAAGAUGUGUAGAGGAAACCUGCAAAUGUGAUGAAUUGUUUUAACAUGAAUAUGCUUUAAAUAAGAUUUAUAGUCCAGAGAUAGUUGAGAUGCUUAUUUUGCUCUAGAGUUGAGGUAAAUAAUAUAGGCACCUGAGAACUGAAAUGAGAACAUGUCAACAGAUGUGGAACUAAAUGAUGCUUGAAAUGCAGAAAAAGGUUUGUACAGAAAUAUAGUCUUCUUAACACAUUAUGAUUAAUAAUAUUACUAUUGUUAUUGCUUUUCUGAAAGUUUUCAUUUGUAAUUCAAUG